UUCUCUCGGCGUCGCGUCUGCACGAGUUUUGGCUGGAGCAGCUGUGUGUGCGUGCGCGCGAUAGGAAACUGUUUGUCAAGCCGCUUAAAACUCAAAGUAAAGGAUAUAAUGUGGCGCAUUUAAUGUUUGUCAGCGGGGUUUCUUACGUGAGAGAGUUUGUUUGGAGAACGUGUCAAUGUGUGCCAAAUGGUCACGUCGUUCAGACGCAUACGGCGCGUUUGUUUUUCCAAGAUUGCCUCCACAACUGGGAAAUCAGUUGUUUUCAGUGGAGCUUGACGCUCACCAACUGCAAAGUCGCAAGGAAAUGGGCCCCUAAAUAGACUGUUGAUGGCAGCGAAAAGGAAAUACAUGGACACAGAAUUGCCCCCUCAGGAAUCUGAAGACCUCUUCCAGGAUUUAAGCCAGCUCCAAGAGACGUGGCUCACAGAAGCUCAGGUUCCUGACAGUGAUGAGCAAUUUGUUCCUGAUUUCCAUUCUGAGAACUCGGUGGCAUUUCACAGCCCUCCAGUCACCAUCAAGAAGGAACCGCAGAGCCCGGGCUCCGACCCCAGCCAGUCUUGUAGCCACAAACCGAGCUUCAGCUACCCCAGUGGAGAGCAGUGCCUUUAUGCCAGUGCCUAUGAGCAGAAAAGGGCUGCAGGAGGAGCAAAGAGCUCCUGCCCAGGGACCCCCAUGUCUCCCAUGCAGCAGCAUUACUCCCCCAAACCUGCCACGGCCGGACGGCCCGAUGCUGGUUACAUGAACCCAGCUGCCACCUCCCAGCCACUUCCCAGCAACAGUUACCCCAUGAACGCCAGUUCCAGGUUUCAGGGACCAUCAGGAGACCCCAUGUGCCCUCAGUUCCCCCAACCAGCGCAGGCCUUUCAGCGCAUGCCAUCUGCCCCAGCUGGCCACUGUACCACUGGUGGAGGUGGGGGUGGUGGUGGGGGACCAGGGGGCGGAGGGGGUGGUGGUGGUGUUGGCUACCAUCGGCAGCACUCUGACCCCUGCAUGCCUUACCUGCAGCAAAGCUUUAAGCAAGAAUACAUGGACCCGCUGUAUGAGCGGGCAGCCCAUAUGGCAGGGCCGGGUCAUGUGAGUGGACAGGGACACGGGCAUGGACACGGACACAACCAUGGCCAUGGACCUCACCCACACCCACAGUUGCACUCACACCCACAUCGGUUCCCACCAGCCCACAUGAUGGUCAAGCAGGAGCCUACAGACUACACCUAUGAACCAGAUGUGCCUGGAUGUCCCUCUAUUUACCACCACAAUGAGGGCUACCCAAACCCCCAGCAUGGCAAUGAAGGCUAUCUGUUUGAAAAUGACUCCCGUGUGGUUCCAGAGAAGUUCGAAGGUGAGGUGAAGCAGGAAGGGGGUGGUCUUUUCCGUGAGGGUACACCUUACCAGCGCCGUGGCUCUUUGCAGCUCUGGCAGUUCCUGGUGGCCCUUCUGGAUGACCCAGGCAAUGCCCACUUCAUCGCCUGGACAGGCCGCGGCAUGGAAUUCAAACUAAUUGAACCAGAAGAGGUUGCCAGGCUGUGGGGAAUGCAGAAGAACCGUCCAGCCAUGAACUAUGACAAGCUCAGCCGUUCUCUGCGCUACUACUACGAGAAGGGAAUCAUGCAAAAGGUGGCUGGGGAGCGCUACGUUUACAAGUUCGUGUGUGAGCCCGAGGCUCUAAUCUCCCUGGCCUUCCCCGACAAUCAGCGACCCAGCCUGAAGGCCGAGUUCGAGCGCUACGUCAACGAGGAGGACACAGUGCCUCUGUCGCACCUGGACGAGGGGGUGCCUUACACCCCGGAACAAGCCCCUCAAAACAUGGGCCCUCAGCCCUACUCCAAAGGCUACAUGUACUAAAGCCAGCCCCAACACGCCCUCCUUUCUACCCCACCUUCAGAAAUGUUCCCGUUGUACCAACCCACCAUCAUACAUGCCCCACAAAACCCCAUGCACCUCUUGCACAUGCCCACCCCAUCCUCUUGUAUAUAAGGAUAUGGUGUUUUUAUUUUAAAUUAAUCGCAUUAGGGAUUUUUUUUGUUUUUGUUUUAUUUUUAAGAGCUGUAUUCCUCUCACAUUCGAGGCCUAUUCAAUCCAUAAACCUGACUGUGGUUGAAGAGAUUGCUUAAUAAAUACUCAUAAUAACAUUCAAA